AUUCACUCAAAGAUGCUAAGAUGUAGUGUUUUCGAACCGACACAUCCAAUCUUACGAAUUUGCACUGUGGGUAUCGCACAUUAACUUCGGUCCAAACGUUCUUGGACGCAAGGCAUAGACGAUCGCUGACAAACUGUAGCUUUGCACAUUGACAUUUGUAUUCACUAUAAGAAGCAAAGAUGUAGUGUUUCUGAAUUGUCACAUCCAGUCUCACGUUCCUUGCAAUGAGAGUCCUUCUUGUUCUUGCCCAUCCAGAGCCGCCUUCUCUGAUCUGCAGCUUGCACCAAGUCAUACGCAAUGAAUUAGAGCAACAAGGCCAUGAGACCCAGACCUCAGAUCUCUAUCGCAUGAAAUGGAAAUCGCAUGUCGAUCGGGAGGACUUUACCGAUCUACCAACGGAUGCCCGGUUACGGAUCACCACCGUCUCUUCUUCAACCUUUGCUUCAGACAGCCUGACAGAAGAUGUGAAGACCGAGCAAGCCAAAAUUCUAUGGGCAGACACAAUCAUCUUCAUCUUCCCUCUCUGGUGGUUCAACUUCCCAGCAAUUCUCAAGGGCUGGAUUGACCGGGUCUUUACAGGCGGCUUUGCGUACAACGUGAAAGAGCUUAACAACAAGCAGCAGACUGGUUGGGGAGGUGUGAAAGGGAAGCGGGCAAUGUUAGUUACAACAUUAGGGGGCCGGGAAUCGGCCUACACUGCUCGCGGCUUCCAAGGCCCAAUAGACGAUAUCCUAUUCCCUAUUCACCAUGGGGUACUGCAUUAUCCAGGAUUCCAGGUGCUGCCUCCAAUUGUAGUGUUUCAAGCAGAUCGAAUCGACUCAGCAGGAUUUGACGUUCUUGCUGCUGAGGUGCGCGAAAGAAUGCGCAAUCUGGGCAGCACAGCACCUAUUCAAUAUCGGGCUGCUAAAGGCGGUGACUACGCGUUUCCGGAACUGACGUUGCGAGAUGGCCUUGAGCGCAAAAGCACUGUCGGUUUUGCACUACAUCUUAAAUGAUAUAGUAG